AUGGCUUGCGUGAUGACAGAGGAACGCGCAAACUUCGAGGCUGUUGGAAAGCGGGCGAUCGCCGAUCUAUGGAAGUACCACAAUCAUCCGGAGAACUUCCAAUCCAGCAAGUUUUCUGAAGGCGACAUCAAGGUCUACACAAUGAAAAGUGACAACCCCGACUGUCCCGAGGAUAUCGCCAAAGCUUCCAUCUCUCUAGAAGGCACUACUCUCAACCACGCACUUGCUCUGGUUUUGCCAUGGAUGCCUUACAGACCGCAAUGGGAUGAUCUUCUUGCACGAGCAAAGGUGCUCGGUGAGAUUUCUCCUGCCAUGAAGAUCGUUCAUCACGUGACUAAAAAGAAGACUCCAUUGAGCGCUCGUGACUCGGUAGAUGUGGUCUCCGUCGACGCUCGAAAUAACGGAUCAACUAUCAUCCUUGCUGCUCGCUCAGUUAAAAUGGCCGACAUGCCCGAACUCAAGGGUCACGUACGCACUUUUCAACAUCUGGGAGGAUUUGUGAUUCAAGAUUGUGGAGAAGGAAAAAUCGGCUUCGAGUUGAGUGGUGUCAAUGGGCGAGCACUCAGUGUGGAAGCACAAGGCUCUGAAGGGUUGCUUCAAUUACCGCACAGUGCGAAAUCGACUAUUGUUUAUAAUCGCUGCAAUUUCUAUGAGACUCAACAGCCACCACCUAAUCAAAUCGAUUGCACAACUACGCGAUGCACCUCAGACGAGAAUCUCCACACAACCGUCGCCACUCAAUCGUCGCAGCGCUUUUGGAUAAGAAUGUCUGCACGGCACAUUGAAACUCAGCAGCGGAUCCACGUACCGCACUCCUUACUCAACCACUUGCAGAUGUGCGGACGGCAGUGGGAAAUAAAUCCGAGGGAAUUGAUGUGUAUCAAAAAGAAGAACAAUCCAGCGGUUCCGUGUUCGACGCACUCAACGCACAAUGUUGGUGAGCUGAAGAGUGACGAACGAAAGCUUUCAAAGGUUGAGGAGAUUAAAAAGAGGGGCACCUCUGACGGCACUUCAUCGCAAGUCCUGAGAACGAACAAAGACAAAGUCACGCAACUGACCAACGAGAAAAAGAAAGCUUCCGUCAAGAAAAGAUUCGAAGUGCCAAAAAAAGUGAAGAAAGCCGAGGCCAAGGAUCCGCAAUAUGAUACCAUGCAUGGUUUGGGCAGCGACAAUCUUUUUGCCAAUGAUGUUGGCGAGAAAAAGAAAUCGUUGAGGCAACAAAAUAAGGUUCCGAAAGACGACGACGAUGAUGCCGAUUAUGUUUGCCUCGCCGAAAUGAAAGAUGACGACUUU